CAAAGUAACAUACCAAAUGCUCUCUUGCUACUUUUGCUUAUUGAGGAUUGUAUCCUCAUGGUUAUGGAUUGCUUCUCCCUUUGCUCUCUUGAUGUUUUUUUCAACUUACAAACUUGUUGGAUUAGGGUUUUUCUCACUCUUCUUCUCAUCUAUGGCAAUUCUUUUGUCUACUCUUCUCUACAUAUGGAAAUACAAACUAGUGCAAGUUGAUGAAAAUUUUGCAACAACUACAAUGCUCAUGAAUGAAUCUAUGAUUGAAGCAAUGGAAAGAAAAGAAGAACAUCAAGCUAGUGAUAUUGGUGUUGUUGAUAUUUAUGACUCAUAUUCUGAGUUAGAUGGGUCAAUUUCUGAUGAGGAAAAUCUCAUAGAAAUUGCACUUCCAAGUGGACACUUUAUGGAUCAACAGAAACAAGAGUUCAAGUACAAUAAGUGCAGUUUACAGCAGCAGAAAAAUUUGAUGGAAUUGUUGGCAGAAUAUAAUGAAAUGUAUGAGGAAGAGAAUUUAAUAGAGAUUGACUUAUCCAUUGGUUCAAUCAAGUGCUCAAGGUUUGAAAAUGAAACAUAAUCAUCAUACAAGUAUAAUUGGUACCUUUUUCAAAAGUUUAAUGUUUGUUGUAUCAAGUUUUUUCAUCCACCUGCUUUAUAUAUUUGGUGGAUUUGGAAUGUAAAAAUG